AUGGAUAUCGGCUCGGGAGGAGGCGCUGUUUUAUCUUACCUUCUUCUGAUAUACAGAAAAACCAACUCGAGCAAAAUGGCUUGUGAUAGUGAAAUUCAAGCAGAUUUAACUGUAUUGAAAAAUCACAGUAAGGGAGCUAAACAUUUAAAAAAUGUAAAGGUGAUUGUGAAAAAUCAACCAAAAAUUUCUACUAUGUUUUCUAAUAAAAACGAAGCUAGUGGUCAAGUGAGUAGGGCAGAAAUAAAAAUUGCUGCAUUAAUAUCAGAGCAUAAUCUACCCAUCAAGCUGUGUGAUCAUCUGAUUCCUUUAUUAAAAGACAUAUUUCCUGACUCGAAAAUUGCCCAAGGAAUGCAGAUGGGAAGAACCAAAGCAACAGGUGUUAUAAAACAUGUUUUAGCCAAAUCUCAUUUUGAAGAACUAAUCGAUGAACUAAAAGCAAAAAAGUUUAGCAUUUUAGUAGAUGAAUCUACAGACAUAGGUGUAGUAAAAAAUAUAUGUGUAUGUGUUAGAUACUUUAGUGAAAAAACAAAUGAGACUAUGGUUUCGACAUGA